CCUUACAAAAAACUACAAACAACGUCCAAAGUACGCGAAGCUAUUAGAACAUCCUUUUGUUGUGAAAUCGGCAAGAAAUUCAGUGUCUGUUGGAGCAUGGUACGCCUCUCUGCCAAUCUCUAGUCCCAGUGGAACGAAGAAUGUAUCUACAGUAGCUACUCAUACUGUAGGUGCUAGUAAUGGAUCAACACCGACCACUCCACAGCCGGUGCGGAGUUUCUUCCAGCACUGGACCCCUGAACAAGCAACACCGACACCUAGCAGAGCGUGGCGGAUGACAAGUAGCGCACACGCAGGCGGUAGCAGCUCACAGCCAACCAGUUUAGAGACUGAUUUUUGUAACCACUCGCCUUACCCAAGAAGAAGAACGAUAGACGCUUCGCCUCCCCCACCUCCGGUCCGACGAGUCUCCGCGGAAAACCGAUGGCGGCCUUCACCUGCCAGUUCGGGCAACACGAGUCCUAUAGUGCUGCAGAGGUUCCAGCACCAGAGCCAGCAGCGAAGAUCACGGGUCGACCUGCACGCCACGCCUAGACAUCGAAGUCUUAGUAAAGAGCAUAGUGUAGGGAGAUCACCGGAACCGCCGCCGAGAACCAGUAGGCCCAACCACAGUCUAUUAGGAAACCACGAAGUGAAUGGCAGUAUGGAUUUGGAGAGACAUAUGUCCCUACAAGAGAGUAUUCUUCACCCACCGUCUCCAUUUUUAGUUCACGACAGGUUACAGGAAGGCCGCAGUCAAAGUUUAACGCGUGCCGAACUGCGUAACGGAUACCGGAAGGAACUGAAUGCGCCCGCGCCGCCGCCCACCAAACAUCACCACGACGACCAGAGCUGGCUGCAUUCUCUGGCGGGGCUGGUGAAACGCCGGCUCAGCGGGUACGUGAAAUGGCACCACGUUGCAGCGCGUGACCGACACCCCGAGCGAGCGAUACACGAACCCGAUAGCGCGCGGGAGAGUUUGGCGCAUCGGCAGCCUUACCCGCUGCCGCAUCCACUGCCGCAUGUUAGAUACAGAUGGAACCACAACGAGAGCUGGAGCGUGCCUGCGUCACCUCUCCCACCACGUGCGCCUCCACCACGUCCGGCGCCCGCAGACUAGCGGCCGCCACCGGCGAGGUUCGUCAUCCGACGCGCUACUGCGGUGUUCGCCUGACCGGUCUUGCGCUAAGAGAUUGAGGCUAGUACUGUUGCUUUAUAUAAUAUUAAUAGGUCUUACUUAAUAAACAAAAUUGUUUCUUACAAUACUAGCUUGCGCAAAUGACAGACCUAUCAAUAUUAGCUGGACAAAUCGCAACAGAAUUAGCCAUAUUUUAUAGAUUCGUCAUUUACAGGUUCAUUUGUGUAAUUUGUGUUCAGCGUUAGUUUUCUUGCUUACCAUCCCUAGAGGAAAUUAUAUUUUUUUAGAUUUCGAGACUUACUUGUAUUUAACGCACUCUUGGUGUAAUAAAGCCUUAUCUGCAAAAAUGAUAAUUUUCUGGAGUAAAGAUUCUACGAACGAAAUUAUAAUAGUCACAAUGUAAGGCCCAAUUUAACAUCUAAUUUUCUGUAAAGUGUAGUUAACAAUCCAGAUCUUAAUAAUAUUAUAUUAGAUCGUACAUUUCACCAAAACUUAGCAUGCAUUUAAAGUUAAAUUAAUACAAUAACAUAAGAAACAAACAAUAUCAGUUGGAAUUUAACUAGAAAAUAAUCAGAAGUCAAAACUAUUACAUACAAUAGUAAGUAGCAUUGCGUAACUAACAAAUUAUGCAAUUUUAUUAUAAAUUCUCUACAAUUUAAUUAUUUUCACAGCAUCCGAUUAUUU